AGCGCGCGCAGCGUCGGGCGGUGAAACAGGGCCAGGGUGCGGCCGGCGGUGGAGCUGCGUUUCGGUGACGAGUGUGACCUGGGCUGACCUGGACGACCCCAUGGUGGCUACCUGACAGCGACAUUUCCCGGAUCGAGCAAACGAGAUGGUUAAAUACCUGACGUGGUUUGCAACAAAGCACGGCCUGCUUCGUGAAGAAUGUAUCUCCAACUGCCCGUUGGUGAUUGAUGGCAAUGAUCUCAUGGCAUCACUUGAGAAAAGGCAUUAUGAUGAAACAGCAGGAGGAGGCAUCUAUCAAAAUUUUGCCAUGAACGUGAAAACGUUCUUCUGCGAUUUGCAAAGAUCCGGAAUUUCUCCGAUCGUGCUGCUCCAUGAUGAGCUGCCCGUCAGACUGGGUAUAUCGCCGGAGAGUAUGAGAUUUAACCCAGACAUUAUACAGGACUCAUACAAAGACCACGGCGUUCGACUCGCUGAGGCUCAAACCAGUCAGCUGCUUCAUAAAAACAUAUUUUUGCAGGUACUUCGGCGACUGGAGAUACCGCACAUCGUCUGUUUGAACGAUGCCACCGCCGAGUUCACUGCGCUGGCCAGAAAACUGGACUGUCCCAUCAUGGGAUUUCAGAACAAGUACCUGACCAUGAACGUAGUCGCCGUCAAGGUACCCCGAAAAAGGGCCGUGCUGCAGCUUCGCCACCCGCCGCCGGGACAGAAGGGGUUCUACAUGCCCUGUGACGUGUUCCAUCCGGAAAGGUUCCUGGAGGAGUUCGGCAUCUCCGCCGAGAUGCUGCCUCUCGUCUCGACGAUCCCUGGCACCGUUCCGCUUCCGCCAGCCCUGUUCAACGCCUUCUUCGAGAAGCUUGAAGAGCAGUACCAUUCAGUGGAGCGAGAGGAACUACGACGACUGGACCUGCUGAUGCGGUGGCUCUCGGACCAGGAGUCGAUGGAAGCUGCCCUGAAAAAGGUGCUUGGCAGUUGCCAACUUCCCAUAUGGCUGAUGUGCGAGAUUAAAGACCAAAUCCAUCGAAUCGUGAGCUGCCAGGAGAAGAGCAGUCUCGAGUUUCUCCGGGACGCCAGAACCAUGAUGCUGUCCAAAGGGAUGGUGCUGUGCGACAUAGCUGCUCCCGUGGCUCCCUCAGUCUCCUCUGGCCGCACUUCAGCCCCCUAUGACCCCACUUCUGCCCCCACUGACCCCACUCCAGCCCCCACUGACCCCACUCCAGUCCCCUCCGACUUCAGCUCCACUCAAGCCCCCAUUGGCCCCACUCCAGCCCCCACUGACCCCACUCCAGUCCCCUCCGACUUCAGCUCCACUCCAGCCCCCACUGACCCCACUGGCCCCACUUCAGCCCCCACUGACCCCACUCCAGCCCCCACUGACCCCAAUCCAGCCCCUUCUGACCCACCCAUCCCUGACCGCAGGUUACCACUGUAUGACCCCACGCCACCCGCAGCCAAAACCGUUCCCGCCUGGGUCAAGUUCCCACAUCCGCCGGCACUGCGACAAGCGGCAGCUAGCGGUACCGUGCGCACCAGCUGUCUCAGAGCCGUGUACAAUGUGCCAAUACUAAUGUCACCAUUGGUGGAAGAUCACGGCCUUCCGUUCAGCCGUAUGGCGGCUGUGCCGCUGCAGGCGAGACUCUCGGCGCUGCUGGGAGCUCCGACCCAGCCGCUGGUGCUGCUUGGUGCCGUCUACAGGGGCGAGAAUCACCAGCUGCUGGCCAGCUGCACGUGGCGCGCGCCGCUGCUGGAGCGCGUCCUGCUGGGAGACGAGCAGAGCCGACUCCGAGCGGCGCUUGGCACGCUGCGGCUGCGGCCGAACACGCUGGACGCGCUGCCGGAGCUGCUGCGGCUGCCGGCCGCCGCGCUGGUCGAGUGGCGCCGCGUCACGAACCCCCGCAGCGGGCGAGGUCAGGUGCGCGCCGUGCUGCUGACCCUGCUGGCGAUGAUGCCGGCCGACACGCCGCCCUCAUCGCUGGGCCUGAGCGCUUCAGCGGCCGCCGAGUGGCGAGCCCGAGCCUGGCCAUGGCGCUUGGCACAGCUGUCGAGAGGCCGGAUCGACCGGAAAGCGAUGCACCUUCAGAACGAGCUGCAGGACGUGUACCAGACGGUCCUGAGCGUGAACGAGGUGCUUGGCCAGCCCCUGCAGCAGCUGGAUAUAGUCGAUACGAUCCACGUGCCGAUGAUGAUGCUAUUCGGCUUCGCCAGCUCCGGCGAUGCCAUCACCGAGCCUGGAGAAGAGGUGAUGAGCCUGGUCGACGCGGUGGCAGACACUGUCGAGGAGGAGGUCCGCUGGUGGCUGGACAACAGACGACAGGACAGCGGCAGCGCAGGUGUUCCUGCAUGGACGCCUCCACACAGUCGCCGAGGUCCCUCCAGCUCGGAGCACCCAGAUCUGGGGGCAGUCAGAGAGCUCACCGGCUUCAUCAACAAGCUGACCGGCGAGAACGCGCCGCGCCUGCUGGAGAAGAUGCGCCACGUCUCGGUACAAACCGAGUACGGACUCUACGCACUCGUCGAUGUUGUCUUCCAAGCUAUGCUGAAGACGCCGCGACUGAUCGACAUUUGCGCCGACGCAUGCGCAGUGCUUGACAAACUCCAGGUGAUGUCAGACCGCGGAGACGGCACGGCCGUCAGCUUCGGCGACUUCAUGCUGACCCGGCUGUCGCGUGGCCUCGCGCCCGUCAACCGAAACACACUCUGGCGGGAAGACCUGCUGCAUCAUCUGGAGACGGUGGACGACCCCGCGGAGCGCCUACGCCAGCUGCGAGAACUGACCGACUGCUGGAGGCAGGCCGAGAGGCGGCGCUGCGUCUGCCUGCUGCUGCUGGCAGCGCUCAUUCGCCGAAACCUGGUUGCAGCCCGGGAUGCACAGAUCUGCUUUGGCGAGCUGGUAUGCUUUGGCGAGCUGGUGUACGAGCUGCUGAGGCCCAAAGGUCACAGGCUUCGCAGUGUGAAGCUGUUCGAUGACGACAGCGGCCCGGAUAUGGACGCUGUGAAAGAAGCUGCCGAGGAGAUAAUCGACUUUAUCUCAUCUGUCAAAAAACAGCCUACGCAGUGCAAAGCUUACUUACAAGAAGUUUACGACCGAUUCGCUUUGGACGACACAACAGAGGAUGAUGACUCCCAGCCUUCUGACGAAGAACCUGAAGAUGAUGGAGACCCUCAGGCGAGUGGCGAAGCACGAAAGAAGUCUCUUGGAAGUACGAAGGAGGAUAGUGCGCAUUUGGAAGAAGCUGAGGUCAGGCACAAGGUUUAGGGAAACCUUGGGAUCGUGAAAGGGGUAGCAUUGACCCCGGAGGCGGAUGGCGUCAGUGUGAACACACAAAAUGUGCCUUGUGAACACACAAGGCACCUCAAAAGCCUGAAAGGUGUUAUAGGAGUAGAAGUGAACACGUCUAUGAUUAAGGUUUUCCGUCAUCUAGACUUCUAGAACUAGAUGUGCUCUUAUCACGACAGAGGGCAUGGUCGUGACUCGCGUAAGGGCAUAUUCGGUGGCAGAUGACAAGUAAUUACCUGUGGUAAAUAUGAAGUGCUUCGCUGUAGGCUGCCAUACAGAAGGUGAAAGGUGGCAUUCGCUGAGAGGAUGUGACUGGACUAAGACAAGAGCUGAUGCUCCCGGGGGAGAAAAAAAGGAGAGGAAAUGGCAGUUCCUGGAAAGUCAACUAUGUGGAAGAGGAAAUUAUCCAGAAACAUGUGAUGUGAUGUUCAGUUGAUGAAAAUAUCUCAUAGGAGUAAGCAUGUGAUAUUACAUUAAAAGAAGUGGUGCUUUUGCUGUAUGAGGGUGGGAUGUUAUUAUUGCUAUAUUUCUGACAUGAUUUUUGUUUCAUUUUUAUUAGCGCUGCGCUAGUUUUCUGAGUGUCUUCCGACAACUCACAUACGAGGCUUGUUUCAUUUGCGAUUGUCUUUCAGCUGCAUGGGCGAUUUGAGUUAUGAACGUGCAUGGUUGGUAUUAUAAUGGCAUGAGGGAUUUCUUUUGUAUGGCAUGCCAGGUAAAGAUGCUAAUUGUUUCGAGGGUGCCGAUAUUCGUUGACGUUCUGUGUUGGGGACUGGGGUGGUGUCAUCUUCAAGCAAUGCUCCUUUCCAAACGACCAUUGAUGUCUUGUCUACAUUAGGCUUCAAGGAUUUCUACUAUGACUGUCACUCGGCGACACGUUAUAUGUCAACUAUAAUAGGCAAUAAAAUGGCAUUGUCUCUGA